AUGGACAACCAUAAGCCAAUGAGACGCAAGAAAGGAGAGAAGUCAACUGAAAAAGCAAAUGACUCCUUAAAAGCUCCGCCUCCACAGCAGAUACAUACAUCAAUGGCUUCCAGUAAGAAAACUUUCGUUUUCAAUGAAGUUUCCACGCACAACAAAACCAAAGACUGCUGGCUUAUUAUCGAGGGAAAGGUUUAUGAUGUAACACCAUUUAUGGAAGACCACCCUGGAGGUGAUGAAGUUCUCUUAGCAGCAACUGGGAAGGAUGCAACAAGUGAUUUUGAGGAUGUUGGGCACAGUGAUGAUGCACGAGGGAUGAUGGACAAAUAUUACAUUGGUGAGAUAGACAGGUCAACUGUUCCUCUGAAACGUGUUUUUGUUGGCAAGGAAAGGAACUACAAUCCUGACGACACUUCCGCAGUCAUCAUCAAGAUAUUACAGUUUCUGGUGCCUCUCCUCAUCUUGGCCUUGGCUUUUGCUGUCAGAUCCUACACCAAAGACAACUCCUCCUCAUCCGCUUGAACCACACCACAGAAAUAAUUACAUUACAUUUUUCUUCUUUUUAACAUAUACUAUAUGUUUAGAUGCUUUCUUUCUUGUCUAACAUUAUUAUCAUUAUGUCAUCAACAAGUUGAAUAAGGACGGACCCUCACCC